AUGUGGUGGUCUUCGCUCCCGCUCGUCGCGCUCGCGGUCGCGUCGACCUACGGCGACCUGAAUCGCGUCGACCGGCAGCGCCUGGGCUUCGCGGAGAAGCGCUACGCGCAGAACCCGACGCGCGUCGCCGGCGACAAGCCGCGCCGCAGGAAGCGCAAAGCGGUGGUCGACGCCGGCGACGAGACGGUCUGCAACCUCAAGUCGCGGGCGGGCGCGAAGAAGACGGGCCCGCGCUUCGGGAACCUGGAGUGGCGCGGCGGCGCGCCGUCCGCCGAGGGCCUCGAGUGCAAGGCGGAGCCCGGGCCCGGGUCCGCGGCGCCGCGCGCGUGCUGCCGCGCGACGGAGAAGACCGUGGAGCUCCUGAGCGACCAGUGGCGGCGCCACUUCACGCGCGUCGCGCGGCGCGCGGCGGAGUCGGAGAAGACGAGCCUCGAGGACGCCGCGCGCGCGUGGCGGUGCUUCCCGAGCGUCGUCGUCAUCGGCGCGCAGAAGAGCGGGUCCACGGCCCUCGCGGGCCACCUCAUGCACCACCCGAGCGUCGACUUCAGCCGCGUCAAGGAGCUGCACUACUUUGACAAGAACGAGUCGCAGUGCCUCGGCGCGCUGCCGUACCUGCUCCAGUACCCGCCGAUGCGAGCCGCCGCGAUCACGGCGGAGGCGACGCCGUUCUACGUCGCGGACCUCCACUCCUGCGGCCGCAUCCGGUCGCAGCUCGGCCCGCGGACGACGCUCGUGACCCUCGUCCGCGAGCCCGUCGCGCGCGCGUACUCGGAGUACCAGAUGAAGCACCGGCGCGUCGAGGGCCAGGACGCCUUCGCCGGGGCCCUCGCCGAGCACGCGGCGGCGGUCCUGCGCUGCGUGCUCCUCGUCGGCCCGCGCAACGCGACGCGGGGCCUCCGCGCGUGCUCGCCGGACGCGCUCACGGAGGAGCCCAAGUUCCCGCAGUUUUCCGUCUCCGUCUCCGUCCAGCUCAAGAAGCGGCUCGCGCAGACCCAGGGCGCCGACGGGCUGCUGGGCUGGGUCCGCGACUGCUUCUGGGCCGAGAAGCGGAGCGGCGGCGACGGCGAGCCGUUCCCCGCGGACCUCGCGCGGCGGGUCUUCUUCGACGGCACGGACAAGUUCGGCCCCGAGCGGCCGCUGGUCGCGAGCGACGUCAAGUUCGACGCGGGCGAGUGCUUCAGCGACGGCACGCGCGAGCGCAUCGGCGACCUCGACGGCAUCAUGCGCGCGGAGAUCAAGUACCUCGCCGACUGCGCGCGGACCAACUACCCGCGCUGGCCCGCGCCCUUCCCGCCGACGGGCGCCGAGGCCGCGGCCUACAUCACCAAGUGCGUCCAGAUCCGCACGGGCAUCUCGAACCAGUACGUCUACCGGAGCCUCUACGCCGCGCAGCUCCACCGCUGCGUCGGCAGCGGCGUGUCCCGGGACCAGCUCCUCGUCCUCGACUCCGACGACCUGCGCCACGAGCCCCAGGACGUGCUCGACGUCCUCGCGGACCACGCGGGCAUCCCGCAGCACGCCUUCGACGCCGCGCUCCUCAAGGACGCCGACGCGCUGCAGGCGAGCCUCAAGGAGAAGUUCCCGUCCUUCGAGAACUCGGGCUGGCGCCUCGAGUCGUCCUACACGCAGCCCAUGCCCGAGAAGCUCCGCUCGGACCUCGCGCGCUUCUUCGGGCCCCACAACGAGCUCCUCUACGCCUUCGCGGGCCGGCGCUUCAACUGGCCCGACCGCUAA